GUUUGGCCAAAGCGACCUAAUACCUGCUAUUACGAAUGAUUUCCCUUGCAAUGUAAUAUAUAUAUUCAUUAAGCCACUUUUGAAUUUCGGAGAAGUCGAAUUUUAGCGUUCAGUAAGCAUAGUCCUAAGCGAUUCUCUCGACUGGGAAGCGCAGUUUGAAGGGGGCCGCCCCCUCUGUGAGCACCGUGAUUUACGGGGCGGAGGGACUAGCUGCGGCAGCUGCUGUCGGUUUACUGGGCAUGUGAGCCACCCUUCACACCGUGCAUCUGAUCAAACCAAACCGGCCGUCGCGCAGCCCAUCUAGCCUGAUAAAACGCUUCCUGUGUCAGCGUUGGACCCUCCACCAUCUCCUCCAGCUCUUCCAGCCAAGAACCAAGUUCAGCCUCAGCCAAGCCUUGUGUUUUAAGCAGGUCACACAGGCGGAGUCAUGGCGGAGCAGCAUAGGCAACGCUCGCUCUCCACCUCUGGGGAGACCCUGUAUCGUGUGCUGGGGGUCGAGAAGAUGGCCACUCCUGACGACAUCAAGAAGUCCUACAGGAAAUUAGCAUUGAAGUUUCACCCUGACAAGAACCCAGACAACCCAGAGGCGGCUGAGAAGUUCAAGGAGAUCAACAGCGCUCACACCAUCCUGACGGACCCCACUAAGCGCAACAUCUACGACAAGUACGGCUCCUUGGGCCUGUAUGUGGCUGAGCAGUUUGGCGAAGAGAAUGUCAACACCUACUUCGUGCUGUCCAGCUGGUGGGCUAAGGCCCUCUUUGUAUUGUGCGGCCUGGCGACAGGCUGCUACUUCUGCUGCUGCCUCUGCUGCUGCUGUAACUGCUGCUGCGGGAAAUGCAAGCCGCGUCCACCAGAGGGCCAGGAUCAGGAGUUCUAUGUAUCGCCGGAAGAUCUAGAGGCCGAGCUACAGUCUGACGAGAAGGAGUCCUCAGCCCCCAUCACGAUGCAGCCCUCGUCUGCGACCGAGACGACCCAGCUGAACACCGACGUCCACUACUCCAGCUACCACACUGACACUGGCUUCAACUAGGCCCCUGCGCCCCCCCCCUCUCCCCCCCCAGCCCCAGAAAAGCCAGGCCAGAGGGGUAUAGGCGGGGUGAAUCUGAAGAGGUCAUUUGCAGUGCAGCAGAAAGGGGCAGAGCAGCCUGAUGGGCCUGGCCCCCCCUCGGGCCGGGCAGUGGGGAAGCUGCUUUUGAAAGCAGACGGACGUUCGGUUUUGUCAGUAUGUGUGUGUGUGUUUGUGCUUUUGGAGUUCAUGGUCCAUUUCAGAUCUGCUCUUUGUUCUGUUUCAUACAUGUGCUUAAUAUUUCUUGGGUAGGUUCUCUGGUUGUGUGCGUGUGCCUCGGUCCCGGUUUCAGCAUGUUCCCUAGGCCCCUCCUGCCCUCCUGCCCCCACUGCGGUGCUGCCAGCCUCCCGGUCACCCACAGGCCGACGUUCAUGUGCACGAGCCUCGGACCCCUGCAUGCCUGUGCCCUCCUCUGUGUCUGAGCUCGAUGUGUGAUGGAAGCAGCCGGGGGGGAUGGGGCCAGACUGACCAGACAGCCUGCCCCGUGACACCCCCCAGGGGUAACUCCCUUCUGGUGCGGGAUCACCUCGGCUGCGCCGUCUCGUGUUGGCCAUCGUGUUCGACAGGAUGUUUCUUCUGCUCUAUGCCGUGCAUGUGGCUCUGUAGUGCCCCCUUGUGGCUCUCUGUCCUGUCCCGUGAUGCUCCCCAUAUCUCCCAGGCCCAGGUAACGGCGCCAUGCUCUCAUCAUGCGGGGCUGGCUGUGAUACUGAAAGCCCAUCUGGUGUCCGGCACCUGCCUGUGCCCUUUGUGCAGCUUUUCCUCCUCCUGAGAGAUUGGCCCCUGGCCAGCAGGCAGACGGCCCGGGGAUAUUAGGCGUUCGCUUGGCCGUAGCCCCCCCCCCCCCCUCCCAUCCGUAAGUGUGUAAUGGCCCACGGUGGGAUGGAGUUGCUCCCAUUUUCAGCUGCACUAUGAGGAUUUUGUGGAGAUAGCGUUGCUGGGGGAGGGGGGAGGAGGGUCGCUGACACUCGCUCUCGUGCUUUACAUUCCUACCAGCUCGGUGUCCCUCCCAUGCCAAGUGCAGGGGGCAUGAUGUGGCCCUUAUCGCGCCCAGCCAAGCCAUGCUGGACCCUCAAUGAGUAUCCCGGCCUGGGUUUUGAAAGUCGCUCUGUGGGUCUCGUGUGUUAAUUUCCACCCCUGGUCACUCUCUGCAACCGCUGAUGGUGUUAGCUGUAGCUAUAAGCGUCACUGCCUGUGCAGACGGUCCCACUAGGGGUCGCCCCUGUUCCAUGUUUUCCCCCGACUGAAUUUCCUGCGGGUUGAUUUCCUGGAAGACUGAGCUGCUUUUUGGUACAAGCUGACCCACCAAAUCGCUCAUUCCGGGUUGUUGAGUUGGCAGUGGAGUUUACGGCGCCUCCAAGCUGGUCCCAUCUAAGCAGGGCCUCCCUAACAGAGCUUCUCUUCAUUUUUGUGUGUUUUUGGGGUCUUUCUCUGGUUUAAUCUGUGCUUAUUCUGUGCUUCUUUCCGGACGGGCUACAGGACGUGUUGAAAUUUGAGUGUCUUUUGAGCUUCUGAUGGCCAGAUUUAUCUCUGAAGAAUAUACCCUCAGCUCGGCGGCAGAUGUUAUGCUCACUGCCUCAUUCUUUUCUCUCGCCUUGCAAACCUCAGGAUGAAAUCUGGUGUCUCCCCCCCCCCCAGCCCCCACACCCCCAUACUCCAGCUCAAAUUUUUCCUUGAACAACUGUUUACAUUUUGUUAGCACUGGUGAGUUAAAAAUGUUUCACAAUUGCGUAAAAGCCAUCAUAUAGGAAAGACUGGAAGGACUGAAACGGCUUAUUAAAAAUGGAAGUUUCCCAACUUUUAUCCCAAAGCAUCUAACAAAUAACUCUGUUUUGUCAGAAGCACAGGUUGGCUGGGAGAUGCGAUUUUUUUUUUUUUUUCUUUUUUUUUUCUCUCUCCAAUCACAAGUCAUCUUCAGCUGAAUGUUUCCCUGCUUUUGCUUCCACAUGCUCUGUGUGCAUUGAGCAGAUGUGGCUGGGCUCAUGCGGGUGAAAUUUAAACUGCUUCUGUCUCCUGCAUCAUUCUCCUUUCGCAAGAUCCUGUAAUUCUCCUGCACCUUUGUACAUAUUUCUGUGUAUAUAGCACUAACCUGUUGGCCUGCAUUACACCCGUGUAACCAGAUAAUGUGAUUUUCUUUGCUGAUAUAAACUGGGCCUGUAACAAUAUUCACUGUUUGUCACGUGCCAGGACAAAAAAGAAAAAAAGACUCAAAUGUUCAGUUCAUGUCUAAUCUCUGCCAGCAAAAAAAAAGAAGAGCAGCCUGUAGGAGCUUUGCUUGCUGAAUGGUUCACUGCAGUUUAAUAUUUCGCUUGCACGUGGUAGCACAGGACUGGACCGUGGUCUUGUGGUAUAAUGCACAUGCCACAGCCGAGCUGGGUCUCGCACCAUCAGCUUCCAAGGUGGGUUACAGUGAUCAGGUGUAUAACCAAGGCGCACACACCAGGGAAAUGGCUGGUGUGAAAACCACCAACGCUUUGUGUCGCCUUGUUUUAGUGCCACUGUCAGCGUGGGUAACAAGGCUUGAGACACUGCCCAAGGAUUUGCCAUUAAGUGCGAGCUGUCAAGAGAUAGACGGUACGUGUUUGACUGUUCAGGAUCAGAGACUGGCAGAUUUAUUUAAGGAUCUUGAAACUGAAAAUAGUGUCAUAGUAACAUGUGUUGUAUUUAUUUUUCAAUGGUUUUUAAUAACGCAUACUGUAGUUUUUAAUGGUAUGUAAUUUAGUUGUGACCAUUGAACUGUGUGUAACACAACUUAAUGGUUGAACUCUGUUGUACAUACACUUAAAUAUAACUAAAGUAAUAGUUUUGUUUUAGCAUGGUCACAUCAGACAGGAAAAAAAAGAAAUGUUGGUAAUUUAUUGAAUUUGCUGUUGUAAAAUAAAUGUUUUGGAACAUU